CCCAACACAAACUAUCACACCAAAUCCUCCCAAAUACAUGGGAACACAUCAUAAACGCACAUGUCUAUUGCAUGAUUUCCUUCUCCAUCUCUAUUCUCUUACACCAAAUCAAGGGUAUGUGCCAUAAACCCGCACACCUCUAUUGCAUGACUUUUAUUUCACCUUAAUUCGGGUCACUUACUAUAUAAGUACUAUAUACACCAACACACAAUUAACGAAUCACAUGUAUGUUUGUAUGUAAAUAACAACAUAUACCAUUUUUUUUAUUUGUAAAUCAGCAUUAGGAAAAAAAUAUUCAAAUGGCAACCCAAAUGGUAGAUAUAGAGGGUCAAUCAUCAGCUCAAACCUCAUCCCCUCCAUCAAUCUUCAACAAAGUCGAUCAUCCGGUUACACUAAAGUUUGAAGAAGUGGUUUACACCAUCAAAAACAAGAAACAAGGAUGGAUACAGAAAAAGAAAAACCACGAGCCUACAGAGAAACAGAUACUCAAAGGAAUAACCGGCAUGGUGUUGCCCGGAGAAAUGUUAGCCAUGUUAGGGCCAUCCGGAUGUGGAAAAACUACCCUUUUAACUGCAUUAGGUGGCCGCCUAGGUGGCAAGCUAGACGGGACCAUUACCUACAAUGGCAAACCAUUCUCAAGUAUCAUGAAGCGGUACACCGGUUUUGUCACUCAAGAUGACAUUCUAUACCCUCAUUUAACAGUCACCGAAACCCUUGUUUUCACCGCCUUACUCCGCUUGCCUAAAAAGCUCACAACUCAAGAAAAGAUCACACAUGCGGAAGCAGUGAUUGACCAACUUAGGUUAACAAGAUGCAAGAAUAUUAUCAUUGGUGGGCCGGAUUUAAGAGGGGUGUCAGGUGGAGAGAGAAAAAGAGUUAGUAUCGGUCAAGAAAUGCUUAUAAACCCUAGUUUGUUGUUCUUGGAUGAGCCGACAUCAGGGCUCGAUUCAACAACUGCUCAAAGGAUUGUUUUGAUUUUAUGGGAAUUAGCAAGAGGCGGAAGAACAAUUGUGAUGACGAUUCAUCAACCUUCAAGUAGGCUUUUUUACAUGUUUCAUAAGGUGGUGUUGUUAUCGGAAGGGAAUUCAUUGUUUUUUGGUAAAGGAUCGGAAGUUAUGGAUUAUUUUAACAGUAUUGGAUUUUCGCCAUCGGUCGCCAUGAAUCCUUCCGACUUUUUGCUAGAUCUUGCAAAUGGGAUAUCGCCGGAUAAUUCAAGUUAUGGGGAUCAAAAUGCGGUGAAGCAGAAGUUGGUUUUGGCUUAUAAGUCGAAUCUUGAUGAGAAUUUAAAAGCUGAAGUAGUAGAAUUCAAUGAUGAUGAGAAUGAUGUUUUACACAACAAGAAGCAUGAACGAUGGAGCACGACAUGGUUGCAACAAGUCAUGAUUUUACUCAAACGAGGUGUUAAAGAACGGAAACACGAAUUCUUUUCCACCCUCAAGAUCGGUCAGGUUAUAGCUGUGUCAUUCCUUUGUGGUUUGCUAUGGUGGCAAUCUGAUAAGGCUCACUUACAAGAUCAGUCUGGAUUGCUAUUCUUUUACACUGGAUUCUGGGGGUUCUUUCCUUUAUUUCAAGCAAUUUUCACAUUCCCUCAAGAAAGGCAAAUGCUAGGAAAAGAACGAUCUUCAGGAAUAUUUUGGAAGUUUCUUGUACGCAUUGUUUACACUUCUUUUUAG